AUGGCUAUGAUUUCUAGGCCGCGGGCUGUGCCACGCAAAGCCGUGCAAGUACUCGCUGUUAUUGUUCUGGUCGUGUUCUUCUUCCAGGUAAAAUGGUUGUACUGGUCGAGAACAAGCGAAGAUACAGAAAUUGCCAUCACUGGACCUGUCCCGGAAGAGCAGUACCUAGAGCGGUUGAAACAGAAGAUUGGUCUUUCGGAUGAGACCUCGUGGACGGCGUGGAAAGUUCGUGCCUCGGAGCAGGACUCUGAGUUGACUUCGGUAACAACCAUCGAUACGGACUUCCAUUCAAAUCAGCCUAAAGUCAUUGACACGAAAGACCCUGCGCGGAGGAAUCUUGUUGCGCGCCAGGAACUCAAUCUCCCGGUUGUUCGAGGGCCACGACCAGGCCAAAUCGACGCUUCAGAUUUCAUAUUUGCCAUCUCAACGAGCUUUGAUCGUGUCGUUAGAGACGACUACGCCGUUGCCAAGGAUUGGGCGCGGUGGAUGACUGGAGGAAACCAGCACGGCAACGGAGCGAAUUUCAUGCUUGUUCUAGACCAGGGCCAUUACAAGCAGGUUCAGAAACUCACCGAGAUUCUGCAUUCUUUCGGUAUCGAUGCCUAUGUUACCAUCUCAGAGGGCCAGAUUUCUCCCGCGAAGAGAUACUUCAACAUGAUCGAUGCUGUAAAGAAAUAUAGCGCUACGCUUGCGCAGAAGGGACAGAUGAAGAAGUGGUACGGCAUCUUGGACGAGGAGAUCUUUCUGCCCAAUCUAUCUUAUCUCCAGAAACGGCUCUUUGCGUAUAAUUCCGAGAAGGAACUCUACGUCGGGCUGCCGAGUGAAAGGGGUGAUUGGGCUAUUGGCGAGGGUUUCAUGACUACGUACGGCGGAGGGGCUGUCUUCCUGACUCGACCUGCUAUAUCGCGAGUCCCAGAGCUGCCCUGCUUCGACGGCGUUUCUGACGACCCUACCAACAAAAAGAGCUGGGAUUCUCUUCUGCAGGAUUGCUUGGCUAAGAAUACCAAGAUGAAGAUGCAUAUCCUUCCCAGCUUCUACUCGCCCAAGGAUAACGAUGAUUACUCGUCUCAUCUGGAUAGCUACGAGACGGGCAUCCACCCCCUUGCACUACACCAUUACCAAGAACGACACCACCUCACGCCGAGCCAGGCUCAUCUCGUCACAGAUGUCUGUGGCGAGGCAUGUUUUCUGCAACGCUACCGCUUCCGCGACAACUGGGUUCUCGUCAACGGCUACACGAUAACCGAAUACCCCGACGGCAUCCACCUCUCUGACAUGCCCCUCUCCACAGUCGGAAAGGGCAGCAGCUCGCGGCGCUCAGUCAUCGGGCCCGUGAAGCUCAAGGAGGACACGACCGACCGCAAGAUGCUCUUCUGGACGGGCCGGCGCAAUGUGUGGAAGCUGAUGGAUUCUGUCACCACGACAGAGGGCGACGUGUGGCAGGCGUACGUCAAGCGGGGAGCUCUCAAUGAGCCUACGCUGAGGAAGAGAUGGGGCGAAGAAGGGCUGGUGCAGGAGGUCAAGGAUAGUGUGAUUGUGCUGAUCUGGGAAUCGGCGAAAUGA